AGGAAGGAAGGAAGGAAGGAAGGAAGGAAGGAAGGAAGGAAGGAAGGAAGGAAGGAAGGAAGGAUCUCUUUGCCCACAGCCAUUCAAUGAUGUUGAUUCUGGGGUGCUCCUCUUGGCUUUUCUGGGGUUCCCCUCUCUCUCUCGCUUUUUCCUCCCUUUUUAUUUAAUCAGUUAAAGAAAAUAACGCUUUCUGUUUGCCACCAGGCCCCUCCUGCCAUUGGCCGGGGCCUCCCACGUGAUGAGAAUUGGCUGCAAUUUCGCCCCAGCCCCGAGUUUAGCAGAGCAGGGUCCCCUCCGCCCGUAUUAUCAGCAAUAUAACAAUUAUUAAAAGCGCGAGGACCGUCAUCAUCCCCGCCAUCAAAAACCCGAGGCCCUCCGGUUUCUCUCCCUCUCCCCCUCCUCCUCCUCCUCCCUCUCCCCCGCCUCCCUCCCGCUUUUUAAAGCCUGGAAAAGCCAUGAAUUUUGAAUUUGAGAGGGAGAUCGGGUUUAUAAACAGCCAGCCUUCGCUCGCCGAGUGCCUGACGUCUCUGCCCGCUGUCCUGGAGACAUUUCAAACUUCAUCAAUCAAGGACUCGACGUUCAUUCCUCCUCCUUUCGAGCAGAGCCUCCUGCAAAGCCUCGAUGGCCACCCGGGCAGGAGCCAGAGCCGAGCCCCGCAUGGCCCGGCCCGGCCCGGCCCGGCCCAGCCCGGCCCGCGGGCAGCGCGGUUCCCCUGGAUGAAGGAGAAGAAACCGUCCAAGAGGAGCGGCCACGCUCCGGCCGCUUCGUCCCCACCACCAUCAUCAUCAUCAUCAUCCUCGGAGCCGGCGCCCGCCACGGGACCUCCCGCAGAGGCGGCGGGGCCGGCGGACAGCGGCGGCUCCAGGAGGCUCCGCACCGCCUACACCAACACGCAGCUGCUGGAGCUGGAGAAGGAAUUCCACUUCAACAAAUACCUGUGCAGACCGCGCAGGGUGGAGAUCGCGGCGCUGCUGCAGCUCAGCGAGCGCCAGGUCAAGGUGUGGUUCCAGAACCGCAGGAUGAAGCACAAGCGGCAGACGCAGCACAAGGAGGAGCCCGCGGAGCGGCGCGGAGGGAGCGCGGAGCAGCGCGGGGCCGUCCCCGGGGCCGGGUGCGAAUCCCCGGUGGAGCUCGGGGCUCUCCCGGUGGAGCCGUGCCUGGAGCUCGCCCCGGGCUUCCCGGGCGGUCCCGAUGCUCUGCAGAGCCCCCUGCGCUUCUCCGAGGAGGAGCUGGAGCUGUUCAGCAGCGCUCUCUGCUCCAUGGACCUGCGCGACCUGGACUUGCCCUGACGGGAGCUCC